AUGACAUAAUCUUGAUGAUGAUGAUGAUGAUGAAAAUCGACAUUGAAAGAGGAAGCUGAAGAUUGCAACAAAGAUUAUGGAUAAAAACAAGUCUAUGUUCCGGAUAUAUAACGUAUCCAUAUAAUAAAAAUGAAAUGUAAGAAAAAAAAAUGGCGAGAGAAAACCAUGGCCUACAUUUUAAUCACUUGUUCCAAAUGUAAUGCAAAUUAUCAUGAUAUAAAUGUUGAAAUUAUCGUGGUGCCAUCUAUAUUCUGUAUGCAGGUUCGAGGCAAUUCUAAAACUAAUUCAGAAAGGCGUAAACGCCAAUUGUUUAAGUAGCAGUUGAAUAUCGAAUCUAAUUAUCGAACACCAAUCUACUAUUUAUAUUUAUAUUGAUGGAUCGACGUCCAGGACAACAACAGCAGCCGCAACCACAACAACCACCUGAUCAACAAGGCGAAGAAUAUCAUAAUCGUUUUAUAAAUCUAGCAAGAAGAUUUAUACAACGUCCAUUCUUGGCCAUUCGAAUGGCUGAUAAUAAUGAUGAUGAUGAUGAGAAUGGCCUUUUUUUAGACAAUGAUGAUAAUGUUCAUUUUUUUGGUAAUGUUGAUGAAGAUGAUGAUGAUGCUGAUGCUGAAUGGUUAGCCGAUGAUUUUUCCGAUGAAGAUAUGGAUGACGAUGAUAUUGAAUUUCAUAAUAGAAUUAUCGCUGUAGAUAGUGAAGAUGACGAUGAUGAUUUAGACAUUAAUAACGGUAAUAAUGAUGAUAAUCGAAUGGAUCAGAAUGAAGAAGAAUCUCGUAAUGAGAAUGAAACAAAUUAUGAUAUUUCAUUACCGGUUGAACAUUCAUAUUUAGGUGGUUUAGAUUCAGUGGAUUCAGCACGAUGUUUAUUUACACCCGGUUCAAUUGUAGCAUUGAAAACAUUAUACCUGAAUGGAAUGUAUCUUAUACCUGGACAGGAAAUCCCAUUAACAUUUUCCAAUCGAAUUACAUUGCAAUUCAUUACAGCCAUUAUUGAACAUGAUGAUUCACGUACAUUUGGUAUACGUAUUGGACGAUUUGAAGAUCGUUUUGGUACAACGGCCGAAAUUCGUAGCUAUUCAUUCAAAGACGAUAGAUCAUCCAUUACGAUUAAAGUACAAGGUCGUCAACGAUUUAUCAUUGUUAAAGAUUUUAAUAAUGAACAAGGUGAAUAUCAACCAAAUGUACGAAUAUUACCCGAAAUCAAUAUGCAUGAUUUUUUUCGGCCAAUCGUACAAUCCGAAUAUCGUUUAUCACGAAAAAGUCGUACAUUAAUAACACCGUUACCGGCUAAUUCUCUUAAUCAAUAUGAUAAUAAUGUACUAAUGGAACGACUUAAAUCGGUAUUGAUGCGAAUAUUUGAAUAUCGAAUUAAAAAUGAUGAAUUCAGCUAUCCAGUUGAUGCUAUUGCAUUCAGCUAUUUUGUUUUGAUGACAAUACCGUUUCCUGAUGCAAUUAAAACACAUCUAUUAAAAAUUGAUUGUGUAAAUCUACGUCUAUGGUUAGAGAUGUCAUUGUUGAAUGAAAAUUUUAAAUUUAUCUGUGGUACAUGUCGUCAAAAUCUUUGUGAUCGCAAUUCAUUUCUGGUUAUGUCAAAACUCGGUACAUCCGGUACCUUUGUCAAUAGUAACGGAUUCGUACAUGAAUUGUAUACAUUUUCAAAAGUAGAAAAUGCUCGCCGUGUAUCAUCAUAUUCGGAAGAUUUUUCUUGGUUUCCCAAUUAUGGAUGGAUCAUUAUCAAUUGUCGCCGUUGUCGAACACAUUUGGGAUGGGAAUUUGAAACACGUAAACCAAAUAUUGUACCGAAAAAAUUUUGGGCACUAACCAAGAAUUCAAUACGUUUAGCAUUUCAAUCGGAUGGAACAAAUGGUGAUGAAUUGUUUGUAUAUAAAUUAUUUGAACAAAAUCCAAUUUUGGAUAAUCAUCAUUGAUUAUUAUUCUUAAAUGAUUAAAGAUUCUGAAAUUUCGAAUCUUUUUUUUUUUAAAAAAACCUGUCAUUCUUGUCACAAAUAAUGAAAAACAAAUAAAAAAAGUGGCCAU